GUUUGUGCGAGAGGCGCGUACAGACUCGCCCCGCAGCGCUCGACCAUAUCUCCCGCCCCAUUUCCAACUCGCCCCCAAGGAGAACCUCCCAAUGACCUCACCCUCUCUGUGCUCUUCGCCAUUCUCUUUCUCCUCCUCUUCCCCUCUCCUCCCUCUCCCAUGCUCUCUUUUCUCCCCUUCUCUUCUCUCCCUCAGCCGAGCCGUCGCACCCCACUCCGCCCUGAACAUUGGCUCCAAGCUUAGCUAUAUGUCGCCCAAAAAAGACCGCGCUUUGGCCGCACACGACUUCUCCCGCAACGUCUCGAAGGUGGCUCCGCUCAGUUGCAAAGUCUCUUUCGGGCGUCGCGACAUUAGCUCGGAGGAAGGAUCCCGUGAAGAAAGUCCGACCGGAUUGCAGGAAAAGGAGACACCUUUGGGGAAAUCGACCUAUGGUGAUCGCAUAAUGCUGUCAUCCUUUGGCCCUCCUCUUGAUUCCUUCGGGAAUUAUGAUGCAGGGGUGUCAGAAACCAAGUUCCAGAUGACUCUCGCCGAGCUCCUCGAGAAGAGCGGAGUCACCCCCACGGCGAUUUACGGGGAUCUGGACGCCUUGAUCACUGGAGUUCAGGACGACUCUAUGGAGGUCUGCCAGGGGGAUCUCUUCAUCUCCUGUGUCGGAUCGAAGACGGAUGGCCACUUGUAUCUUACCGAGGCUUGUAACCGAGGAGCUGUAGCACUGGUGGUAGGCGAAGAGAGUGUUAAAGCUCAAAUCUUGCGCUGCGGCUGCAAUGCUGUCGUCGUAGUGAAUGCUACCGAUUCAGCGCUGCCUGUUAUUGCUGCUACAUUCUAUGGGCAUCCGUCGAGGAGCCUCUUUGUGGUCGGUGUCACGGGAACGAACGGUAAGACGACGACGACCAAUUUGGUUAGAUCUAUCUUCGAGACAAUGGGGUACGGAACAGGGCUGUUUGGCACCGUAUGCUUCUUCAUUAAUGGAGAUGAGAUGCUGGAAGCUUCCCGAACGACCCCCGACGCCGUGCCAGCCCAGAGACUGAUGGCGAAGAUGGUUCGCUCUGGUACCAAGGCACUCGUCAUGGAGACUUCUUCCGAGGGGCUGGAGCAGGGGAGGUGCAAUGAGCUAGACUUCAACGUAGCAGUCUUCACGAACCUCACCAGGGACCAUCUCGACUUCCACGGGACCAUGGAGGCGUACAAGAAGAGCAAAGGCAAGCUCUUUGCGAAGAUGGUCGACCCCAACAGGCACAGGAAGGUUGUGAACAUCGAUGACCCAAAUGCUCCAUACUUCAUCGAUCACGGGAAUGCAGAUGUUCCACUCGUUACAUUUGGAAUGCAGAACGAGAACGCCGACGUCUACCCUCUAAAGUCCGAGCUUUCAUUGUUCAAGACUAAGGUUUGGGUGAGCACGCCAAAGGGGGCACUAGAGAUCAACUCAGGGAUGCUUGGGAGGUAUAACAUCUACAACAUCCUCGCAGCCGUUGCUGUUGGGAUUGCCGUCGGCCUGAAGCUGGAGGACAUCGUGAGGGGAAUCGAGGCGGUGAAAGGGGUUGCCGGCAGGUUUGAGUUAAUUGACGAGGGGCAGCCUUUCGCCGUGAUUGUAGACUAUGCACACACACCCGAUGCUGUGUGUAGACUUCUGGAUGCUGUCCGAGAACUCAACCCACGAAGAGUUAUCACUGUCUUUGGAUGUGGCGGAGAAAGAGAUGGGGGGAAGAGGCCGCUGAUGACAAAAAUUGCAGCUGAUAAAAGUGAUGUGGUUAUUCUGACAUCAGACAAUCCAAGGAACGAAGAUCCAUCGACAAUCUUGGAUGACAUGCUAGCUGGUGUUGGAUACACAAUGCAAGAGUCCUCACCACCCGGCGGAAGCAAAAUCUAU